GGCAACAAGCCACGCCCCCUCUGGUUGGGUGUGCGCACGCGCCCACGGAAGUGGCCUCAGGAAGCGGAAGUCCCGCCUCUCGCGCCCUUCUUCAGAGGCCCGAGCAACGCGGUGGAGACGGCAGUGACCGGAGAGCGCAGCCACCGGCACCAUGAGCCUCCUCAACAAGCCCAAGAGUGAGAUGACCCCGGAGGAACUGCAGAAGCGUGAGGAGGAGGAGUUUAACACAGGUCCACUCUCUGUGCUCACACAGUCGGUCAAGAACAAUACCCAAGUGCUCAUUAACUGCCGAAACAACAAGAAGCUGCUGGGCCGUGUGAAGGCCUUCGACAGACACUGCAACAUGGUGCUGGAGAACGUGAAGGAGAUGUGGACAGAGGUUCCCAAGAGCGGCAAGGGCAAGAAGAAGUCCAAGCCCGUCAACAAGGACCGCUACAUCUCCAAGAUGUUCCUGCGCGGGGACUCGGUCAUCGUGGUCCUGCGGAACCCCCUCAUCGCUGGCAAGUAGGGCCUCUGCCUGCCGCCAGAACGCACCCCUCGAACGGCAACUCUCAUCCUGUGAAGAGGCAACUCUCAUCCUGUGAAGACCCGUCCUUUCUGAUGGGCAUAAUAAAGUCCUGUUUGUUUAUUCC